AUGUGUAAUGUGUGCACUCGCGAUUCGCCCAUUGAGGCACCGGUUAAACAAAGCCAACCGAAUAGAACCCUGGAAAGGAUGAAGAGGAAGCACAAUAUUAUUACUAACCCCGCUGAUGAGGAGAAGCAGAAGGAGGUGGCGUAUCAGCCCGAUUUGCUGUCUGUUUCCACACAAUUGACGAAAGUCGUGUACGAUACAGCGAAAGACCUGAUGGUCCGUCUUCAGGAGACUAAGGCCUAUGUGUAA